AUGUACAGUGACCUGGAAUGCGACUACAUCAACCCAAUCGAGCUUUGCAACAAGCUGAACUACUACAUCAUUCCAGAAGCAUCGAUCCAUGCUGUUCUAUCUACUCUUUUCUUGAUCAACGGUUACUGGUUCGCAUUCUUGUUGAAUCUGCCUGUCUUGGCGUUCAACAUCAACAAGAUCUACAACAAGAACCAUCUCCUGGAUGCCACAGAGAUUUUCAGAACUUUGUCGAAGCACAAGAGAGAGAGUUUCUUGAAGCUGGGCUUCCAUCUGUUGAUGUUCUUCUACUACUUGUACCGUAUGAUCAGUGCUUUGAUUGCAGAUGACAACUGA